UGUCUGUUGUGUUCGGCUGCAUUCUCGUCACUGUUGGGUUGCCAGUUGUUUGACACUGUUUCUGUGUCAUAUCAUAUCACCAGACUUCUUGUUCACGAGACCAAGGUACUACCAGAGUGCAAAGGUAGCACACCUCUGGCUACAAAAUCCUCAACCACUGGGGACGACACCUGUAGCUGCAGAAGACGGUGGACAUACAGGAGGCAACGCAGGGGACGUUACCAUGGCAGCAUCUUUGAACAAGAAUGUGGAAUUUGUGCGGACAGGUUACGGUAAGAAUUCAGUGAAGGUGCUGCACAUUAGGAGACGGGGGGGUCAUCAUGACAUCACCGAGCUGAAGGCUGAUGUGGAACUCACACUGAAAUCACGCAAGGAUUAUCUGAAUGGAGACAACUCAGACAUCAUCCCCACUGACACCAUCAAGAACACUGUCCACGCUCUGGCCAAGCUCAGAGGGGUAAGGACCAUCGAGCAGUUCUCAAUGGAUAUUUGUCACCAUUUCCUGACUUCUUUCAAUCAUGUCGUGAGGGCCAAGGUUUACAUGGAGGAGGCUCCAUGGAGAAGGCUGGAGAAGAAUGGGGUGCAGCAUUCUCAUGCAUUUAUCUACAGCCCAGAAGCUUACAGAUUCUGCGAUGUUGAACAGAAUCUCAAAGAUGUCCCAUUGGUUCACAGUGGGGUGAAAGACAUGAAGGUGCUGAAAACUACCCAGUCUGGUUUUGAGGGUUUCCUGCGUGACCGCUUCACUACCCUGCAAGAGGCCAAGGACAGGUGUUUUUGCACAACUGUCUAUGCUAAAUGGCACUAUAACACGGUCCAAGAUGUUGACUUUGAUGCUUCAUGGAAGACUGUUAAGGAGACGAUCAUUGAGAAGUUCGCUGGGCCCUACAACCGUGGAGAAUACUCACCCUCUGUGCAGAAGACCCUUUAUGACACACAGGUCCUUGUCCUGGAAAGACUUCCUGAGGUGAAUGAAAUACAGAUGGUCAUGCCCAACCAGCAUUACUUCACCAUAGACAUGACAAAAAUGGGCCUCACAAACAAGGAUGAAGUUCUUUUGGCCUUGGAUAACCCAUCUGGGAACAUCACAGCAACAGUGUGCAGGAAACAGCAAGCCAGGCUGUAAAGAAAACUACACAAAGCCACAGAACGUUGCAGUUGUAAUUUACACAUUAACAUGAAUAAGAACUGCAGUGUGAGCAUUAACCUGGCAUGACCUUUUCUACGUUUAACUGAACAAACAAGAGAUAACUGAUUUAUUUUGGAAUUCUAUAAAUCAUGUCAAUUUCAUAUAUAUUACAGCAUUUUCCCAUGACUGUUAUACAGUAUCCUCCAAAAGUAUUGGG